ACACAUAAAAUUGAAAAAAGAAAUCUGAGGGAAACAAAGAAGAAAAGAAAAAGACAGAAACAAACACAGAGGGCGGAACCAAAUGAAAUGAUUGAGAGGAGAGCGAAGAAAAAGAGCCAAACACCAUCGCCCACAAAACGGUUCGUUUUGCCUUCCUCGCUUCGCAUCGGAACCCUCCCUUUCGCGAGGAUCCUCCGGUCGUCGUUGCCGGCUAUCCGGUCGGACUAGCCCGAACCGAACACCACUGAUCUGUUAGGAACUUCGGAUCUCGGAUCUGACCGACCGAAACGAUGCCGUCUCACGCGGAUCUGGACCGGCAGAUCGAGCAUCUCAUGGAGUGCAAGCCUCUGUCGGAGCUGGAGGUGAAGGCGCUUUGCGAUCAGGCCAGGGCGAUUCUCGUCGAAGAGUGGAACGUUCAACCGGUGAAGUGUCCCGUCACCGUGUGCGGUGACAUUCACGGCCAGUUUUAUGAUCUCAUCGAGCUUUUUCGGAUAGGAGGAAGCGCUCCCGAUACCAACUACCUUUUCAUGGGCGAUUAUGUAGAUCGUGGCUACUAUUCAGUGGAGACUGUUACACUUUUGGUGGCCUUGAAAGUCCGUUAUAGAGAUAGAAUUACAAUCCUUAGGGGAAAUCAUGAGAGUCGUCAAAUCACUCAAGUGUAUGGGUUCUACGAUGAAUGUUUGAGAAAAUAUGGAAAUGCUAAUGUCUGGAAAUUCUUUACCGACUUGUUUGAUUAUUUGCCUUUGACUGCCCUUAUUGAGAGUCAGAUUUUCUGCUUGCAUGGAGGUCUCUCACCAUCUUUGGAUACACUGGAUAAUAUCCGGGCGUUGGAUCGCAUACAGGAGGUUCCACACGAAGGACCAAUGUGUGACCUAUUGUGGUCUGAUCCAGAUGAUCGCUGUGGUUGGGGAAUAUCUCCACGUGGUGCAGGAUAUACAUUUGGACAGGACAUAGCUACUCAGUUCAAUCAUACCAAUGGUCUCUCCCUGAUAUCUAGAGCUCACCAGCUUGUGAUGGAAGGAUACAAUUGGUGCCAGGACAAGAAUGUGGUGACUGUUUUUAGUGCACCUAAUUAUUGUUACCGAUGUGGGAACAUGGCUGCCAUACUGGAAAUUGGAGAGAAUAUGGAUCAGAAUUUUCUGCAGUUUGAUCCAGCUCCCAGACAAAUUGAGCCUGAUACUACACGAAAGACUCCAGAUUAUUUUUUGUAACUUCAUAUAUCCCUUUGUUUGUAGUUACUGCUUUCUGCUGUCACUGUAGAUGUGUCUUUAAGGAGAGAGGAGUUUCACUCUUUAAGUGGACGGUUAUCAUCAACAUAAUUCUUUCUUUUGGAGUUUGUCUGCUGUUGCCGCUGCUGCCGUCUUAUUUCGUCAAAGAAACAAAUAGAAUUGACACAAUUGGUGUUGUAUAUUUUUAUAGGAGGAAGCGGCAAUAACAUGGUAUAUUCUGUGCUGUAUUUUUUUUUUAAAUUAAUUCUCAAGUUAGAGAGCAGAUUUUUUUGAGUACUGA